CUCGUGGUUGAUUGUUUGCCUCGGUUAGAGAUCGAUAGCGGAUGUAAUUCAUCACCUCUGGGCUGUGGGAUGGGCCACACCUGGCCAGGUGAGCUGAUCCCAGCUGCCCAGGGCUCCGUGGUGCUGCCAUCCAGCUCUAAGUGUCCCCACGGGUCUCUGAUCCUCCUCACCCCACUGAGGCUGUAGCCUGGUAAGCUUGAACAUUGAGAAAAACCCUUGGGUGUGCAGGACUCUGGAAUGCCCUUCUGGGUAGGCAAAACCUUUGUCAAGACUUCCCAGUUGUCCUGUGAGGACAGCACGAAAGAAUGCUGUCAGCUUAGCCCCCAGCUAAGGGACCUGUCCAUCUGCAUCGUGCCCCUUGCCUUGGGGGAAUGGCUUGAGUCCCCUCCGUGGGGAUGAUUUCAUGUCUGUGGCAACAUCUGGAAUCUGUGGGGUGGUAUUGGGCAACCCCAAAGCUCAUACCUGUGGUACCCUGAGCAGCCUGGCCCCAGGGCUGUGGGGCCAGGAGAAAUAGCUCUGGGAAGUUGGAUAACUUGGGUGAGGGCAGGAGAUUUGGGCUUGUGGCUCCUUGAAAGGUCCAAGUGCAGAUGAGCUCUGGGGUGCAAAUUGUGAUUGUGGCCAAACAGCUGGUAUCUGGGAGGCUCUCCAGUUUCUGUGCUGUAACUGCACUCCAUGGGCCUUUGGAUCCUGGAGAUAUUUCAUAGGUUUGUUUGUUUACAUGCCUUUUAAAAAGGUGAUGCAGGAGAAGCUCUUCCUUCAGGCCAGUCAUUUUUGAUAGCGAGCACUCUUGAACUCAGCCCAGAUUGCGCUGCAAUUCAGCUGAACUGACAGACCAGCUUUUAACCCUUGGGUGAUAAAAUAGGCUUGUUCUCAGUAUAAAGAGUGAGGAAUUGCUUUGGCAUGAAGCUUUGGCACUAUGCAAAAAGCGACCUACACGUGUCAGGCUUUUUUCCUGGGAAUAAAAAGUCCUUCUGAAUGCUCCCUGAUCACAACCUGAAGGUAUUAUAUUUCCAAAUGCUUUGCCACAAACUCCUGACCAAGAUUCUGUUAUGGUAUUUUCACCCUGUGUGUUCAGGUGAACCUCUUCAAUCUGUAGCCCUCAGGAAAUUCCCCUCCCAGACUGGCUCUCACUUCUGUUAUGAGAAAUUCUAGGGAAAUUCAGCUGAUGAAGAUAAUGCUUUUGGUGGAGAGGAAGUUCAGCAUUUAAUAUUUUUUUCUGGUGGAAGUGAUGUGCUCAGGCUCUGAACCUUCUGUGAAAUGCUUCUGGAGAGUUGUGUCGUUUUUAACACGUCUCCACCCCCAUGUACAGGUGAGAGAAACUGAAACCAUGGAUGCUGGAUGGCUUGACUACCCUGCCUCUGGGGACUUGCCAGACGAUGAAGACAUUGGUGAAUUCAGGCCUCACUUAACCUCUGAUGGGUUAGAUCUAGAUGAGACAUCUGGGUCAGGAGACUACCCAGACUCUGAAGAUGGCUUGUAUCUGAGCACCGUGGAUACCCCAGUGAUAUCUGACAACUAUAUCCCUGGAGAUACUGGCAGAAAGAUAGAAGGUGAGAAGAAAAACACAAUGGUGGACAACGAAAUCAUCCCAGACAAAGCUGUACCUGUUGAAGAGAACCUGUCCAACAAGAUCUCCAUGGCAAGCACAGCCAACAGCAGCAUCUUUGAAAGAACAGAAGUCCUUACAGCUCUCAUCGCAGGAGGAGCAGUGGGUCUCCUGUUUGCCAUCUUCCUGAUCCUGCUCUUGGUCUAUCGCAUGAAGAAAAAGGAUGAGGGCAGUUACGACCUGGGGAAGAAACCCAUCUACAAGAAAGCCCCCACAAACGAGUUCUAUGCCUAAAGCUCAGCAGCACCUUGUGCCCAUCAAGGGACAAACAGACUGUAUGGAAACACUGUGCCCUCAGAUGAGAUGUGCUGAACAAAUGUUUUCUUUUAUUUUUUGGAUUGAAUUUCAAAGUGACUUUGAGAAAAAACAAACUUCCUUCGUGACCCUUCCCAUCCCACUCAGCUAACAAGGGCCCAAUGAAAUACAAAGAGUCUGAAAAAAAACCCCCUCAGUGUAUUUUUUUUUUUUUCUAAGUUAGUGUAAAAAGAAUAAAGAUGCCAAAUUUUCUGCUUGGUUUUAUAGAGGGUAUAUAAACACAAACCAGACUGUAUGGAAGCAAACACCAUGUGUUUGCAUCCAGUGUGCCGUGCUGGGAUUGGCUGCUUCUAUAGAAGAUGGCUUUUUUUAUAAAUCUUGCUACUAGAUGUCUUGCAGCAGGCUGUUGAUGUGAAGCAUUUCUGUGGAGAACUAUUUAUGAAUCUCUUACACUACAGAUAAUGUUGCCUUAUCAGGGAGUAAAAGGCCCAUAAGGGCUCGGUACCCCUGAAUGCCAUAAAGGGCCUAUGGGAAAUGUCUUCCCCAGGAGAAUUCUGUCUCUUCCUGUUGGCCCCAGGCAAGGGUCAUUAGUCCUUGAAAUCAGGACAGCCAGUUGUGUUUGGCUAUGGCAACACCCUUUCCUUGCCUUCAGUCUCUUACCUUUUUUUAAGGAUUGCUUGUAGGAUUUUUUUAUAACAAAAUUUUAAAGAAAAUAACCUAAUGUUUAUAUAAAGUUUGUAGAAAUUGUUUUGAAAUAAUAAAAAAAAUAAUCUACUUUUUUAAUUUCCUCAGAUUUAUUUUUUCAAUCCCUUUGUGUUUCCUUUGGCCGGGCAUUUCUCUAGAGAUGCUGUUUUAUAUGAUUCAUAUUCUGAACUGAAGCAGAGUUAGCUACAGAGUGUUACAGGUUUCUUUUAGUUCUAUAGCAGCUACUAUAGAGGGUAAAGAUAUUUAUGGUUUUCUCAUAACUUUUCUAGGAUUUUUUUUAAAAUAGAAUUAUUUAUAGUUUCUGAAAUGGCUGCUUUCUCAUUUGAUAACUUUUAUCCUUUUUAUGUAAAACACUAAUAUAAUGAGUCUCUGUGAAAACUAUUUAAGCUUUUAUUCUGUGAAUUUCAAUUACAAAUUCAAGGCAAUAACUUCUGUAUGCAAAGUUGGAUGCAUAAAAAUAUGAUUGAAGUAGAGAAAAGAUGAGUAAUUCUAGGCUGUAAUAUAUUACAAUCAGUCCUAUAGAGCUAUAUAUUAUAUAUUUUACUGAGAUAUAUACAGAUGAGAAUGAGAAGGCUGGAGUUAAUUCUUCAGCAGCCUUAUGGUGUGGUGUCUAAGAGGCUUUUGAUCUUGUUUGUGCUGCUGUUUGUCCAGUGUCUUGUGUAGAGCACCAGCGGCUUGGGAAGGAGCCUGGGAGCUCCUGGGCUGUGUCCCAGCUCCUGGAAGCAGCUGUGGCCAGGAGGUGCCAGGUUUGAUCCAGAGUCAGAGCAGAGAUCCCCACCUGGAGCUGCCCUUGGGAGCAGGUGUUGGGAGCUUGCAGUGUGGGGUGAUAACUUUGUCCCCUGGUGCUGAGCCCUGCCUCUUAGGGAAGGCUGGGUCUGGGCUCUGCCUGGGUGGCAUCUCCCACUGGGCAGCACUCAUAGCUCUGAACUGCUGAGGAUCUUCCUUAACACCCCCUGUACAUGGCUCCUACCUCCACUGAGAGGAGAACCAGCCCCCAGUCUCCCAGAGCAAAGGGUGAUGUGUGUCAGGAAGGUUUUACAGAACCAAGAGCAAGUUGGGUCCUCCUGCAUCUCUGAGUCUGACGUGGUGUGAGACAAAAAUCUGAGUGUGGCUCCCCAAACUGAGCACCUGAGCAGGCAGCACUAAACCAGGCAGUUGUGAAAGCUGGUUGGAAAUCUUCAUGGCUCCUGAAGCCUUCUUCCUGAGGCUUUGCUGUAGGCUUGAGGCCAAAUCCAGAGAGGCAACAGAAAUAAAUGGGUCUCCUCCUCGGGGUGAGGCAGGAGCAUGUGUUGAGACAUCAGUGCAGAGGAGUCACUCACUUGGUCCCAGUACAAGUGUGUUCAGGGAAAAUGUGGGCUCUGGGAGGCUCUCAAAGCUGCACAGAGUUCACUGGAGGCUGGAAAGGAGAGGGACUGCCUGUGGGCAGCACUGCCAGGCAGGCAGGAGCUGUGGCUGCUUCUCGGGAUAUUCAGAUUCUCUUGUGUAAUUGCUCUUGGGGGUUUUCCACUGUUACUGGUUUUUAUUUUUAUUUUUUUUUUUCUCAAAUAAAUGGUACUUUCUAAAACUGGC